AUGGGUCUUCCAAUGGUGCAGGUGUUUAUGAUUGCGGCUCGGCAAAUUUCAAGGCCAAUAGCUGACCGGGUGAUCAGAUAUGGGAAGACACAUGGGGUGUUCCGUAAUCGAUUGUUGAUUCCGCUCGGAAGAGGUUUGGCGCAUUUAACGACUCGUUUACGAAUGAAACAUUUGGGGUUGGGAAGGCCGGCCACUUUAGCACCGGUCUCCGAGGAAGCAGCCUUAGAACAGGCAUCAGAUUUCGUGCAGCAAGUGGUGUUGUUCUCGUACAGUGUUGCCGUGUUUGCAAGUUAUUAUUUCUACACGAAGCAAACGGCACCGGAAACUGUCAAAGCGGAAUUAUUUUAUGAAUUUAAAAAGGAUAGCGAAGAAAAGUUGAACGAUCUGAAUGAUCGACUGGAAAGGAUUGAAAAACUUCUAUUGAAAAACGUGUCGUCAUCUUCUUCGGCAACAAACGAUGGCAAGGUAUGGCCAAAGGACGACGAGAAAUGUGCUGAAAGCGAAGGUCAACAAGUCGCCACAUCGUCCUCAGAACGUCCACGAUUCAAGCGAAUCUCAUCGCUGCCAGUAGAUGAGACCGUAAAAGUGGUCGUAUCAGGUAAUGAACAGUAUGUGAUUGCUAGACGAGGGACUUCUGUCUCGAUUGAACCACUCGAAAUAGUGCAACAGCGACGCACACCUUUCAAGUUUAGACAUCAGCCUGCAUCCGCUAGUAAACAACAACAUACAUUCUUCGAUCGUGCGGAUAAUGAUCACGAUACCGAAAGUGACAAUAAAUCUGAGGGUGAUGUGUCAAAUCCGCAAUAUCAAUCCUCAGAUAGAGCACCAUCGCCAAACUGUGAGCAGAAAAUGGGGUUGUAA